GCUCGACGUGAACGUGUAUAAAUAUAGCUCGCCUUUUGCAAGUAAGACAUCACAAAGACAAGAGAUUUCAAGACGCGGAAAACAUAGAGAGAAGAAACAUAUACCUCAAAAGCACCAAACACAAACCAAAGAAGAAGAACACAAUAUGGUGUCUCAAAAGCUGGAGAUUUGCAUCGAAUUAGUGAAGUUUGCCGUCGUUUUUGUAGCCACCGUGGCUGAAUCAGUAGAAAAGGCUUUCCGGAAGCCUUUGCCGGCGCUUCCAGCAGUUCAUGAUGGUAGCCGGAAUAGUUACUCGGCCGUUCCCAUUCCUCUUGUUGGAUUCAUGUGAUGAGCUUUCUUUUGUUUGUUUAUUUUAUUUUUCUUCUCUUUUUUGGGUUUUGACCUCGUUAAAGUUAGGAGUGGCGUUUUGAAGUUGUUGAUAUGUGUAUACGCAUAAUCAAAGUAAUCAUGAAGAGUUGCAGAUGAA